UAGACAGUGAAACGAAGCAGUCGUGUUUUUUUAAAAAAAAAUUUAAUUGUUAUUAUUUCUGGGAGAUGAAUGUCACUUUUCUUCUUGUUUUACGCACAGUAAUCUGAUGAACAACACCUCGGACUUUUCCUUUAUAAGAAACAUUUUGAGUACUCGGACACUCGGUCACAUGACAUAACAGCCAACGAGUUUGUUACCCUACGCCGCCGAGUUUAGCUAUUAGCGUCUCACCAGGAAGCUAACUAAACAGCUGUGUCGUCUCUACUCCAUUCUCGACCUUAAACUUAAAAGUUGUCAACUCCUGUUGUUUUCAUGUGCCACUUUUGACGGGUUGGAGUUGUUGUUAAGCUGUAGUGGAAAUGACCGCCGUGCCUCCAGCUUCUCCACCUUCUCCGGCCGCCGGUUCACCUGGAGGAGCCGCCGCCGCCGAGAACGCGAGUCCGGGAUCCAGCAGCUCCAACACGGCCGAAGGCGGCAACCAGGACAGCACGUUUGAAUGCAACAUUUGUCUGGACACCGCCAAGGAUGCCGUCAUCAGCCUUUGUGGACACCUCUUCUGCUGGCCUUGUUUGCACCAGUGGUUGGAGACAAGACCCAGCAGACAAGUGUGCCCUGUGUGUAAGGCUGGCAUCAGCAGGGACAAAGUGAUCCCCUUAUAUGGGCGCGGAAGCACCGGUCAGCAGGACCCCAGAGAAAAAACACCGCCGCGACCACAAGGCCAAAGGCCUGAGCCAGAAAACCGUGGGGGCUUCCAAGGAUUCGGAUUUGGGGACGGAGGUUUUCAGAUGUCCUUUGGAAUCGGUGCUUUCCCCUUUGGUAUUUUUGCCACCGCCUUUAACAUAAACGACGGCAGACCCCCACCAGCUGCCCCGGGCACCCCGCAGCACAUGGACGAGCAGUUCCUGUCGCGACUCUUCCUCUUUGUGGCGCUGGUCAUCAUGUUUUGGCUCCUCAUAGCGUGAACACAGCCAAGAUUUAUUCGCAAAGAUGAGAUAAGACAUUUUUAUGUACCUCUAACUAAUUGGCCGCCAUUGGCAUUUGAAGAGACUGGAGAUUAAACACAUUCAUAUUUUUUGGAAUCGUUUUUGCUACUUACAUUUUUGGGUUGUGUUUAAAAAAAACCUGUCAAUGGCAGCCAGCGAGUUAAUCAACACUUUAUAUCGGUUAAUAAUUUGUACAAAUAAACUGUCAGUGUGAACAAAAUAUUUGGAAAAUGAGGUUUCCACUCAACAAGGAUGAUUUAGGAAGCAGGAAAUUCCUAAGUUCUACAAUAAAAAUGAUUGUUUAAGUCA